GGAGGGGGGAUAUAGGGCGGGCAUCAGACGGAGGUUUGGCUGCAGACUGGUCGGUCGGGAUCCCUUUCGCCACCUCGGUCGCUUCAGACGCAUCAGGUCCAGAAGAGUCAGUGAAGACACUCAGCAUCACGACAGACGAAAAGGAGAGUGUGAAGGUCCCAGGCUCGGUGGCUACAUGCUCAGUUCUCUUUGGUUUUGAGAAGAACUUCACGAAUCAGCAGGAACCAUGGAUUUUGUAAUGAAGCAAGCUUUAGGUGGGGCCACCAAAGACAUGGGUAAGAUGCUGGGAGGGGAGGAGGAGAAGGACCCGGAUGCAGCCAAGAAGGAGGAGGAGCGGCAGGAGGCGCUGAGGCAGCAGGAGGAGGAGAGGAAGGCCAAACACGCCCGCAUGGAGGCCGAGAGGGAAAAAGUACGGCAGACCAUCAGGGACAAGUAUGGGCUGAAGAAGAAGGAGGAGAAGGAGGCAGAGGAGAAGGCGGCCAUGGAGCAGGCCUGCGAGGGCUCACUGACACGCCCAAAGAAGGCGAUCCCUCGGGGCUGCGGAGACGACGACGAAGAGGACGAGGAGAGCAUCCUCGACACCGUCCUCAAGUUUCUGCCCGGACCUCUACAGGACAUGUUCAAGAAGUAAAACAAAAAAAACCCCAACAAAUAAAAGGAUCCCUAAAUUCAGGGUCCAGUCUGGUCUGGGCCAGGCUGCGGGGCGGGAAGUUUCUGUCGGGUGGAGAGGGUGGAGUGUUGCAGGAGAGACUGGGGGUGGGGCGGGGGUUGGGCUUGAGUGUAGAUUUAGGGUACGUAGACGUCGACACAGAUUCGGGAGGGGGGUUCUUGCAAAACUGUUAGAGGCUACACACUGCCUUUCUAGAAAUCGUUUACUUCUUCUUUUCUACUCCUCGACGAUUGCGUCAUUCUUCUCCUUUUUUGUUGCCACAACUGCCGUACAACUUUUCAACUGCCACUCAGCACAUUUCUUACGAUUCGUACAUCUAUGUCCUGUCCUUGUUGCUCUUUUUACACCUGAUGCAGAUCAGACAUUUUGAUCAGUUGGCUAUCAUCUGUUGCCGAUGGUGACCAACGGAGAACAGUAUUCCCUUAAAGAAGAGCAGUGGACAGAUCUGAGAUUUUUCAAAAUAGCACUGCCACCAUGUGUCCAGUAGAUGGAGCAUGUUGUCUUUAUUUUAGUGGGUGUUUUCUACUUUUAUGAACCUGCUGUAGGUCUUUAUAUUGAAAAAUAAAUAAAUCACAUUUGAGUUUUUAGGACCUGUGCCUUCAUACCAUCUCCUCUGGCAGAGGAUUGUAAAUGAGGGUUUAAUUUUCAGUCAGGUGUGCAGGUGUUGGUAGCAUGGAGGCCUCACCCUUACCACACAACAUCCGACACUUUUAGAAUAACGUGUUUUAUAUGAAGUUGGCCAGUUGGCGUAUUUUGGGUUUUUCUUUACUUCUGCAAAUCCCAGAUGAAGUUUUGAAGACUGAACAGUCCAAAAAAAAACAAUUUAAAAACAUAAUUCACUGUUAGCUACAUGGCUACGAGCUUCCAGAGAACUGUUUGCUGACGAAAACAUUUUAUUUGGCUCCUAUUUCCACCCCUAGUUUUCCAAAAGCUGGAGCCUGUCAGCUGGUAACACUGCCAUCAUGCUAGGAAAAUAGAAUUAAAGAUCCUGAACCUGUCGAGAACUCGUCAGUAUAUGACUUUUCUUUGGAAUAGAUUUUAAUUUGCUCAUCCAUGCAGGAAUCUAAAAUAAAUCUCCGCUGUUCAGUCCGAGAAAAAAAAAAGUAGAGAGCUCAGAGUAAAUGAUUUUUGAGGUCCCCAUAGACAAUCAAAGCAUCGACCACUGAGAGGGUAGCCGCUACUCUACAUGUUGUCAUUUCCUGUCACGUCAUCUUGGAUUGGUAACGUAAAGCACUCGACUAACUGAUUGCUAUUAAGUGUCUCUUUAUUUAAACUGUUUAUUGAUGUUUUUUUCUUCUUCACACAUGAAUGCAAACUCCAGACAACCUCCAGGUUUUUUUUUAGGUUUUGUGAAUAUGCUACCAGUUUAUUUUAAUGCAACUGAAAUGGUGUGACUUGCUGAGCUAACCCUUUCCCUCAACUUUUAAUGCAUAAGUUUACCUUGAUCAAAGUUCAUCAACAUCGAGACCAAAGAAAUGCUGGUGAGAUCUUACUAUUUCUUUUGUCACCAUUGAAACACAGACGUGCAUGUCCGACCUGCAGGCCUGCAGGAGAAACCCUACAGCCUGUUCAGCGUGUGCAUGCAUCCCAAAGACCACCAAUACACUAAAAUAAUCCUUUGUCCUCUAAAGUAUUCAGUGGCUGAAUUAAACCAGAUAAUGUAACUGUAGACUGAGCCUGAGAAAAAGUGGUUCUCACUGCCUGAAGAGCUCACGUAGAGCUGCGUAUACUCUGCAUCCUGCAUCUCUUAAUCCAACAAAAUAUCAUAGUGAUUUGUCAUAUAGCAUUUAAGUAGACGUACUGUAAAUGGAAACGAUCUCUAUUUAGUGAAACUACCUAAUUAUAUAGACACUUAUCGAUAAAGCAUGUGGGUUGUUCCUAAAUUAUCUGGUGGCUUCUCAGUGGUUAGUUAUCGACGGUGUAUGAUUAAUACAUUGUUCCAUGAGUUUGUAACUAAAAAUAACUUUAAGGAUAAAUAAGACUAAUGAUGAAGCACUAUAAAAACAUUUUCUUUUUUUUCAUUUUCUAGCUCAGAUAGGACUUUUCACUAGACAAAGCCAUAUUGUUUAGAUCGCAAUAAUUACUUCAAAUGAAAAAAAGAGAAUAAGUUAACUGUCUCAUGUUUGUUUUCAGUAAAAAAAAGAAAAGAAAAAUGAUAUUUGCAUAUCUGUUUGUAAAUCUUCACCAUUCUUGUAUCUUUAAACAUGUAUACUAAAGUAUACACAAAGAAAAUGUACGUAGAAAAGGAAGCCAUUGUUUUAAGUGUCUCAGUGUACUACAUGUGUAUUGUAAGUGUGUGUUUCUAUGUGUGUGUCUUUCUACGUGUCUGUGAUGUGAGACCAUGUCGUUGGUUCCUAUAGUCCUGCUUUAUACCACGUAAAUGUGUCUUUGAACUAUUUUGUGCACAGGCAGACGCUGGGGCGCCUCCCUACUCCUGCCACGUCUUAAAAGAAUUAUACUUAACACAUUCCUUUCAAAUGUUGAGCAUGCAAAUGUUUGGUAGAGAAGUCAACAAAUGUCAAAAGACAAAAAAAUAGACAACUUCCUGUUUCUGUAGGAGUCUCCAGGCAACAGAAUCUGUGCAUUGGAUCCAGAAGGAGAGAAGGCUGUGCAAUGGGCUUGUUGAGUGUGCAAUGUUGUCUGAGUGAGCUGACAAGAGAGGAGGUUUGGUGAAGCUUAAAGGGAAACUUUGGCUGUUUUCAACCAGCUCUGUGUCACCACAGUGUGUGGAGUAUGUGCAUGUAAAGGGUGUUUGGCUUCCCUGUGUGUUGCCAGUGCCUGGCAUCUCUGCUCAUCGAACAUGUUCUCAUUCCCAACUCUUCACCUAUCGCCACUUGGUCACUGAAUUUUCACAUCUACAUGUGACGUACUAUGUAUCCUGGGUGCUGUUACAUGUCUUGUGUCUUUUCAAAAUAUACUUCCGUUUUCACAGGAAAGUUUCUGUGUUUUAGAUGUGUACAGUCUUACGUCAGUAAAACACCUCAUAUGUAUGUCUAUUUCCUUGUGCAAUGUAAUUAAAUGUAGAAAAAACAUCAUUGUUUGGCUCAACAUUCAUGUGGGAAGAAAACGUUCACCUCCUGGGUGAAAGUCCAGUGUUUGUUGGACCCAUUCACCACCCCUCCCUCUCACCCUACAUGGACUUUUAAGCUCCUUAAGUUAUAUUGUUGUUGGGCAGUGUUGUAAUCUGGUGGCAGCUGGCACUGUAUCAUACAGCCAUGUAAGGCCAAGCAACGGUAUUUGAGUACUUCAGAAUGAGAAUGGGUUGGCUCAUCUGCUGGUGGUGGUCCACCAGAUGUCCUCAUUUUGUGCAGUCCGGUGGAUUUUUGCUGGUGAUCAGGGUGAUCAAAAUGUUGGCAACAUGGAGGGAAGCCAAACACCAUAAGCCUGCCCACACUGCACAUACUGCACACCCUGCAGUGAUACAAACUGGUUGAAAAUUGGCAAAGUUUCCUUUUAAGGCCGUGGUCACGCAGGAGGUUUGUUAUUCAGCUGAGCCACAAAGAUCGUGGAUGUGUCCCAGUUCUAUAGUAUACAUUUGUAGUAGUUGUGGUAGUUAGGCAACACAUACAACAAGAAAUGGGACAAAAUUAAGAAUACUUAAAUCUGACUCAAGAUUAAAUUUGGUGAAGGUUAAAGAAAAACAUUGCCCAUUUUCAACCCUCUGUGUCACCGUGGUGUGUGCAGGUAAAGAGUGUUUGGCUUCCCUCUGUGUUGCCAGUGCCCAGAGGUCCAGACGUCUGCCAGGUGACACAAAAGAUUUGCCCAAAAACUUUACCUGUCAUCCAUGGACUGGCAGGGAGCUCCAAACACUGUUUACCUGCACAUACUGCAGUCACUGCACACACUGUGGUGACACAGAGCUGGUAUAAAAUUGGCAAAGUUUAAGGGGUGAUCACACUGGAGCUUUGUUACUUAUGCUUAAAGGUUUUCAACCCCCUUUGUGUCACUGCAGUAUGUGUGUGCAGGUUGAUGGUGUUUGGUUUCCCUCCUUGUUGCCAGUGCCUAGAGAUCCCUGCUCGUCUGCAUUUCGUGUCGUCUGGCAGACUUUUGCAGGGAGCAGGGAGCUUUGAGUGCUGGCAACAUGGAGGGAAGCAAACACUGUUUACCUGCACACACUGCGAUGACAUAGAACUGGUUGAAAAUCCAGCAGCUUUUCCUUUUAAGGCCGUGAUCACACAGGAGCUUUGUUACUCAGCUGAUUGUAAAUGUGUCUCAGUUCUGUAGUAUACUUUUAAAAAAGGAAAUGGGAGACGUGCAAUUAAAAAAAAAAAAACUGCAACUGAAAUGCUUUUUUGAUAACCUCAUGGUACGAAAAAUAUUUUGAUUCCAGUGUAGAAUACUUAAUGUUAACUUUCAUGUUUCUCUAUAAGAGACCAACCUGCAGAGAGAUUUAUUUUAAUGCAGCUCAUCGUCAUUAACUAACCUCCCAUGUGGGAGCCUCAUAGAUGUAAAAUGGUUGCAGAGCAGAAACUGAGAUGGUUUGUAGUGCAGCUUUGUUCGAGUUGUCUGAUUGAUUUUAUUUACUACAUGGACACAGGGACUCCCACAUUUCCUCCCGCACCCGAGGCCAGGCCAGUUUCACCCACUGCACGUGGAUUAAGUUUAUUCGAGCCUUGUAUCUCCCAGGCGGGUAGGACAGAGGGGACAUAAAUCCUGGACUAGGCUUAAUUCAUGGAAACUACAGCCAUAGAUCGUCUGUAUGUAAAAUAGUCUCUCAGCGGGACUCGUCUCGAGGCGUCACAGCAUGUGAACUGCCUUUGAAAAGGGCUAUUACCAUGUCAUCUGUAUGUGAGGUUACUGGUGACUCAUCUGUCACUUGUCCUGGUGUGAGGUUGUUUUAAUUCAUUGUGGUUGCAUGAGAUACUUGAGUGUGUAAAACUGUGUUUGUGGAGCGAGAUGUUGUUUUCAGUUUAGAUAAAUCUUUGGUUUGAUAGAUAACAGUGUAAAAGCAAGGAGCUGGGUUAUACACAAUAAAGAUUAUUUUACAUGGAAUAUAUAAACUGUAUAUUUUCCUAACACAAAAGCAGGUGUGGGUGAAUGAGAGUGUUGAUCUUGAGCAGAAAUGCCUCAAACACAUUAAAUGGCUGAAACAUCUGAACUCGAAGGCUUUAGUGGAGACUCUAGAUGAAGAGAUUGUAACAUCUGGAUUAUCAAAGCAUCUUCUGUUGUCAGGAGCCCAGAAACAUUCAGAGAACGGAGAAACAGGCUUGACUUGAGUGUCCUGAGAUCACUUUGGUUAUGAUUUCAUAAACAAAACUGAUUUGACUUGGAACUGCCAUUAAAAACCACAGUUCAUUUUCUCCCAACAAAACGUGAUUUAAGGGGGAUUUAUACUUGUGCAGCAGACCUUACGCCAUAGCCUAUGCACGUGGCCUAUGCCAUUGUGAGCAUUUAUACUUGUGCGGUGGUGUGUUUGUGUCACUCUGCAGUUACACCUCCAAAACACUAGUUGGCGGCAGACUUCUCUCUACUCACAUGAACCCAGGGACAACGGCAACAUUUAACAAAGGUAACGUUACAAAAUUUGGUUCUAUUAACAACUCACAACAUUCACCGACAAAACAACUGUCUUAUACUAAACACUUUUUCCAAACAUGCUAACGUUAUUAGCACAAGUCUAUGGCAUUUUACAUUGUAUAAAUUAGCCUGCCGACGAGCAGAGAUUUCCUCUGCUCAUAUGAAGCCAGGAUAAAUCCUGAAGUAAAAAUCCCUUAAAGAUAAAUCACACACAAGACUUAAAAUGCUUUAUUGUCUUCAAAAUGUAUUAUGUCUUAUUUGUGAGAUUAAAGCAAAUAAAAGCUUGGUUUCCACUGAGGGAAAUGGUUUCAGCUUACAAUAAAAGAUGCUGAGACGUGUAGUUACAUUUCUGGGGAUGUGCACAUCAGGCUACGGCGCUGAUUUGAUGCAAAAGUAUAAAUCCUUCAUUACUCAUGCCGCACAUGUUUACUUCCUAAUUAUAGCAUCAUUGAAAUGCAAUGAGCAGUUGAGACGGAGAGAAGAAGAAAAAAAAAUGCAACUUUUAACUUUAUCGUUCCUCCAACCAGGGCCGGACUGUUUUCUGAAUGCUGUAAUGAUGUCAUAACAUUUGUAAUUUUGUAACAUUUUUCACGUAGGAUUAUUAUUGUGACUGCCCUGCUGAUUCCUGCCAGUAAAUUUAGUUAACGUGUCUUGCUUUGCGAACGUCUUACCGAGACGUCACGUCGAGCAGCUCGUCUUACCACCACGUUUAUGUUCCCUCCAGUGGAAGACGAGAUUUUGGCGAGCACAACUGUUACUGUGAAGAGAAACUUUCUGAAUACAUUCCAGUCUUUUUGGCAUUUGCACUAGAAUACGCUGAAAUGUUACUCUAACAACAGUUAUGGCAUCUACAAAGUCACCACUAUCAACUACCUGUACUUUUUUUAAAAAUUUUUUAUGACUGUCCGGCUUCUAAACAAUAAAGUUAAAAGGUUUAAAACCGUAGUGAGCACGGUUCGAUACCUGGCAGCAUUCCCUUUAGUUUGGCCGUUUGUGCCAACCAACAUAAUUGGCAAUGUUAACAAGUUUGCUGAUGAUGUGACGUUGUUCUGUCGCUGCAGCUGGAGAACUCCAUGUGGAGAGGCUGGGACUGACAUGGGCGAUAGUGAACAGAGAUAAAGGUUAAAAACAGCUGAAAACAGGAGCAGAUUUCUCUUAACUUUUUAAAUCAAGAGGGUCUUUCUUUUUAAUUCAGGGUGAAAUCAUUUCAGGGUACAGAGGUUAAGAAUGUAAAAUAUGAGUUCUUAUGCUAUUUGUUCUUUAAUUGCAUGUCAUAUAUUCUAUGUGGAGCCCAAUCACUGUAAAACUGUCUCAUCAAUGGAAUUAAAUCAUUCUUUUUGGAAAUUAAAUGCAUAACACUAA